AUGCAAAAGACAAGCAGGUCUUCAGAUCCAGAUUCCUUUUCUUCACUGAUUGACCUCCCCGCUCAAAGGGCGGGAAUGAGAAAUCAAGAGUCUGAUGAGGAGGCUUCCGAAUUUCUGGGCACCUUGUACGGAACGGAGGAGCAGGGUGGAGAGUUUUAUCCGCCAUCCGCCUCCAGACAAAUAGAGGACAUGGCUCAAGUUGCAUUUAUUACCCCAUUUGGGAGGGAAGACCGAAAGAUUCCGCACUACUCUUCUCUGCAUUAUUCAAAUGAAAACAUGUUGACUCCAGGAUACCAGCAGGGCGAAUUUAGCGCAUAUUUGAAGGCUGCAGUUAGGUCAAGUGCUACCGAUUUUGAUUCCACCAACCCAUGGCUCAAGGUUAUGGAUUUUUACGACUGGAAAGAUGCAGACCAAACUCAAAAUGCCGGUGAUGCACAAUUUCCGGUGUCCCAGGAAAAGCUUGUCGUUCCAGAGUGUCGAAUGGAUGCCUUUGAUCUGGCCAACAAAGUCUUUGUUGGCAAAGGAGGUCAGGCCACGGCGUACUUGGUACAUCUAAAAUCAAACUCUAGCACCAGAUUCAUCAUCAAAUCAUAUUCCAGGCCGGUGGAGUUUGAGCGAGAGAUAAGGACAGUCAAUUUUCCACAUCCGUCCAUCAUAAAAAUUGGCUGUGCCGUGAGGGAACGGCUUUCCGUCAUCAUGCCCUACGCUGACGGCGGUGAUUUGUGGAAGGGCUUCCCACGUUCGAAAUCUGAGCUCUCAGAUGACCUGGUGGUCCAAUUCGCAGCACAGCUAGUCACCGCGAUUGAGCGGAUCCAUGCUGCUGGGUAUUUACAUCACGAUGUUAAGCCUCACAACUUGGUUCGAUUUUUAAACAAAAAUCGUGUUGCUCUGAUUGACUUUGGACUUUCGGUGCCCAUUUCAGGAGCCGGGUAUCGACGGGGCACCAAGAUAACAAUGGCUCCCGAAGUUGCGACCGUCGCCGGGUAUGAGGAUGCCCCUUUGCAUGAAGCGCUGGAUUGGUGGUCUGCCGGGGUCACCAUCUAUAUGCUACAUAAGGCCAUCCAUGAUGGUCCCAUUGUUCAUGUUGGCGAUGACAUCGACAAAAGAGAUGAAAACUUGCUUGCUGAGAACUUUUCCACCAUGAAUGGGCUUUUUACAAGAAGCUCCCCAUCUUCACUUACCUUCCAUACAAAUUGGUUUUGCCAAUUUCACGCAAACGGACACCACGGUUUAGCGGAAGGCUGA